CAGAAAUCGCACUUUGAACGACGCACCAGAAGACGAGGUGACGGCCGCUGCUCUAUAUCACCUUCCGUUUGUGUUUGACGCUUACCCUAAGACUCAUACCGGCGUUUCAAUGUGUCAGAGCACCAGGAUGACAAGAACGUCUGCCUCCUUUCGACACCAGUAACGGAUGGACCCCUUGUGCGUUUUGUCACGACUGAUACUUCGGUGUGAGACCACAGCUUGGACGAGCUACGAUCCAGGAGGACGACAACAAUCAGUCAAUCGAAAACAUUAUGGUUUGCGAAAAGUGCCAGAAGAAAUUGGGUAAGGUCAUCACUCCAGAUCCCUGGAAAGAUGGAGCAAGAAACACAACUGAGGGAGGUGGUAGGAGAGUGAAUGAAAACAAGUUGCUGACCCAGAAGAAAAACAGGUUCUCCCCCUACCAGGAAUUCCGUAAGUGCAGAAUCUGCAAGACAGUUGUACACCAGAAGGGCUCCCACUAUUGCCAAGGGUGUGCUUACAAGAAAGGAAUCUGUGCCAUGUGUGGAAAGAAAGUGCUGGAUACUGCGAGCUAUAGGCAAUCAACAACAUAAGCAAGAGUCAGCAGACACUGAUGAAGGAACUGGUGAUGAGCUGUAUCAUAGUUGACAGAUACAGAAAUCUUGACAGCUGCAUUGCUUCAGACCUGUCAGAUUGGAGUUAGACUGUCAUAUAAACAGAUGAACAAACAAAUAUGCGUAUACACAGGUAUUGUAAGAGGUUUGAGACAGAUAUUUGAGUACAAUGCUCAAAAUGUACCCUGUCAGAAUUUUAUCUCAUUUCAAUAGUGAGGAGAUGCACGGAAUAUAAUCUGUACAGUGCAGAGGUGCUGCCAGACAUUCAUGGUUGCAUAUUAUGUACCAGAUGACACGUGUGAAGAAAAGAACUAGCAUUCUGUUCACAUGGACAAUUGAAGCAAACAUGUGCUGGAUGUUUUCCUAAGUCAGCAUGCUUAUCAAUUUUCAUCUGUGUUUGUACUGCCUAUUGAUUCUUUUUGUACAAAUGUUUGGAUGAUGUCUAAUGCUCUAUCUAUUUGAACUGCAAGGAAGCCAAACAUGGCUUUUGAAUAUACAUUGUAGAGAUGAACUCUGCUUUCAGGUUGGACUGUACUUGAAAUCACUGAUGUGUAAAUAAACAAUAGAACGCAAUGACUGUUGUUUGGUUCAAAGCAACAAAUACUGAUAUUAUUAGGUGUUGUCUAAGUGGUGUGGAAAACAGAAGCACAUUACACACUAAAAAUUAUGCAAAUGCAUUCCAGAUUUACAUGAUCUGUGUGUCGAUGAAGGUUAGACAAUACAUGAUCUAUGCAUUGUGAUAUUUACAUUCACGUCACAAAUGUGAAAUUCCCAUCAUUGACCACUAUGCAAUUAAGGCAUUUUCGUGCUGAUUGUACAAAUUAGUACUCUCCAAGCAGAGGUUUGGCUCUGAAUGUUUUUGACAUUUUUUGGUCAUUUUUAUCGUGCCUUCUAUUUUGUACUGUUCUGUUUGUCUUGCGGCCAAAGCGAGACAGAAAGAAAGUGGUACAAAAAUGCAUAAAAACACAUCAACAACAGCCGGAGCCGAACCUUUGCUUGGAGAGUAGCAAAUCAGACCCUUAGUUGCAUGUUUGGUACAUGUAUCUGCUUUUAAUCCGCCACAGAUCACACAUGUUGCAUGUAUAGAAAUCAUAGAAUUUCCUUAUGUAAA